AUGAGCUGGUUCGUCUUAGAGGAGAUUAACUCGCUCCCCGCGUCGCGCGGCGGCGACGACGGCCAGUCCGUUCCGUCCCGCGAUGCGGCCGCUGGCCAUGGCGAGUCGCGGCGCUGGAGAGCCGCGUCGCGAUCGGAGUGGAGAUCAGAGUGGCGAUCGGAGAUGAGAACGGAGUAUAAGGAGCAAGGCGAGACGGAAACGCACCGCUGGAGGUCGGAGGCUAGAGGGCGAGGGAUGGAAGAGCGGGAAGAGAGGGAGCGGGUGGAAGGAAGGCGGCGGAUGGAGUCGACUGAGCAUUACGUGAUGCAUAGUCACGGCGGAUUGCACGGCGGACUGCACGGCGAACUGCACGGCGGCUCGCACGCGCAGCACGAUGAUGUCGAGCUAUCCGACAGCCAGGGACAGGUGGACAGCGAUGGUGACGUGGCGGACGAUUUUAUCGAGGUGGAGCAGUGCCCGUAUCCCCGCGAUUCCCGCGAUCACUUCCGCGAGAGGAGGACUCGCGGCAGUUGCAGCCGUGGAGCAGGAAUGCGAAGCAGCAGGAGAGCGAGGAGGGCAGGUGAGGUGAUCGACCUCACUGCGGAUAGCGACGGCAGCGACGGCGCUGCUGAUGCCGCUAAUAACCGCGCGCGUGGUGCCACGACUACCGCCACCGCCACUGCUGCUGCUGCCGCUGGGUGGGGCAGCGAGUGGGGCACAGCGCCUCCCGAGUGGGCGAGUGAGGACGUGAGCGUGGACGUGGAGUGUGCGGCCUGCCACGUGCUCAUUCCCAUCGACCGCUCUCUGGAUCUCCCCCGCUGCUCCUGCCUGCUCUGCCUCUCCUGCGCGCGCGCGUCCUUCCGCCCGCAGAUGCUCGAGCUGAAAGCGCAGCUAGUGAGUGAGCGGAACACGGCGAGACACGUAGCAGACAAGGGAGAAAAGGCAGGCACGGGGUUAUCUGAGAGGCGAGAAUCGCCUGCGAGAUCUUCCGAUAGCAGAGAUUCCAUGGCCUGCCCGUGCUGCGGACAGCCAGUCCCAGCCCUCCACGUGCAAGCGCUCCUGCCCGAAGAGUUCCGGCAGUGGGAGGAAGCGGCGACGUCCGCCGCCCUCGCGGCGUUUUCCCGGGCAGAUGAAUUUGUCCGCUGCCCGGGAUGCGACGUGCUGGUGGAGAAGCUGCCCGCGGAGCCGCCGCCGGGCGCAAUUCUCUCCGGAGUUCCCGAGAUCGACAGGACGGCGCCAAUGGCGGAGCGAGACGAAGAAGGGCGCGUGCUGUCGCGAGAAGCGAUCGUGCACAAGGCUGGGAACAGGUUCCGGUGUGGAGAGUGCGCGGUGGUGUUCUGUGGGUCGUGCCGUGCACACCCGUACCAUCUGGGGCUGUCGUGUGCUGCUUACGCUGCCCGGCUUGCUGCUCCCAAGUGCUUGUACUGUGGGGAGAGAGUUGAGGGUGGGAUGGGAGAUGGGAGGGAGGGAGACGGGGCGGGAUGGGGCAGUAGUAGUGGUGGUGGUGGAGGAGGAGGAGGAGAAGGAGUGGGCGCAGACACAGGGUGGUGUGUGGAGAAGAGUGACUUAGCAGCAGUGGCAGCCCUGGCAGCGCGUGUGUGCGGUGAGGAGCAGUGCAGGGAGAAGCUGAAGGCUGCAUGCACGCGCACCAGCCCCUGUGGCCAUCCGUGUGGGGGCGUGCGUGGGGAGGUUCAGUGCCUGCCGUGCCUGCAGGAUCCGUGUCUCGAAAAACUUCACACAGCAGCAGCAGCAGCAGCAGCAGCAGCAGCAUCAGCAUCAGCUUCCGCAACCGCCGCUGCCGCUGCCGCUGCUGGUGGUCAUGGUGUUGGUAGCAGCCAAGCAGCCGGCAAGGGCAAAUCGCUCCUCCGCUCCUCCGCUGCUCCUCCACCCCAGGCGAGCCCGCCUCUCCCAUGUGCCAGCGACUUCUGCCCCAUCUGCUGGGUGGAGCCCAUCUGUGCCGCGCCUGCCAUCCGCCUGGCUUCAUGCGGCCACGUGGUGCAUGUGGCGUGUGCGCGGGAGAAGAUCCGCCGCUCGUUCCCCGGCCCGGAUAUCUCCUUUGGGUUCCUCGCGUGCCCGCUGUGCCCCUCCACCACCAUGGCCCAUCCUGCUCUGCAGGGAGAGCUGGCUGCUUCUCUGGUGCUCAAGAAGCAGGUGGAGGAGCUGGCUGUUGAGAGGAUGAGAGCUGAAGGGCUGGUUGGGGGUGGGGGUGCGGCUAAUGGAGUGGAUGUUGAUGGUUGGGAUGGUGGGGAAAGAGACAGGGAGAGGCGUGGAGUGCGUGGGAGGCACGAUGGCUAUGUGCAUGGAAAUAUGGAGGGGUAUGGCAAUGCUGGCGGAAGGGGUUUACGGAGUGGGAAAGGGAGUGAGAAUGGGAGGGAGAGAAGCGGGAGUGGCAGCAGUGCGGGUGGUGAUGUGCUGGCUGUGGCGUUGCGGCGAUUUCUGUUCUUCCUCUGCUCCCGCUGCCAGCUUCCGUACUUUGGCGGCGACAGGAGGUGCGGCGCCGGACCUGCUGCCGCCGAGCCUGAUGAUCAGGCUGGGCACGGCGACCCAGGAAUGGUUCAGGCAGGAGGAGCGAGGGAGGGCGGAGGGGAGGAAAGGGCAGGGGGGAGAGGAGGUGCGGUGAAGCCAAAGAGCAAUGAACUGGUAUGUGGUGAUUGCCUGGCAUCUGAAGCUUUGGCAAAGCAAAGGGCUGCUGCAGCAGCUGCUGCUGUUGCUGCAGAGAAGCAGCGUGGCAAAGAGAGGGGCAUGGAUAAGGGCAAAGGAAAAGCGGUUGGAGUUUCUGGGAAUGGCAUUCCGCCGCACAAUCCGCCAACGGUCACUCUCAUACUCCCCGAUGGCUCCGCGCAGCAUUUCCCCCGCACCCUCACCGUGCGAGAGGCGCUUGUUCUGCUCGCGUCGCCUUGCCCCUUCGACGCCGCGGAAACUCCGCCUGCAGCCCCGCCGCCUCCGCCGUUAGCGCCGAGGUCCGCGGCGGAAGCCCCGUUUGCUUCCUCGGCGGAGAACCCCCGCCGCACGCCCCAGCAGGAUCCGCGGUUGGCAAAUCUCCCCCUUGCCAUCUCCGCCCCGGCGCGCGGAAUAUUCGUGAAGGAGCGGCGGAAGUUGCUGCUGGCGGAACUGCUGCGACCCGGUCGAACCUACCACGUGUAUAGACCGAGUGCUGCUAAUAGUACUGAGUCUGCUGCACCUACGCAGAGACUCGACACGGGGAGGAUUGGGGCCAUUGGUGGCGGCGACGAGGGGUCGAAGGAAGCAAAACGAGGCGGUCGCAAGCCGGCGAAGGGGGGACGUGACGAGCGGCGGCAGGCGCGGAGGCAGGGCGACGAGAGGAGAUAUUCCAGCAACAAGGUCUGGCCCCUCGCGCCUCUCCAGUCGUCCGCCAACUCCCCUCCGCGAAUUCCGCGCGUCGUCGUUCCUUCCGCUGCGCCGGCGCGCACCUCCGCUCCUUGCGGCGGAAGUGACUCCGCCGGAAAAGGCGGCGGCAGGAACACGGAGGACGGCCAUGGGAAUGACGAGGCCCUCUUGUCGCCUUCUGACUCGUGCAUGUGCGUGGGCUGGCUUGGGGUUCCGAAACAAGAGAGGUAUGAGGAAUUUGGGUGGGACGAGAGAGCGGAGGGAGAGGAUAGAGAGGACAGAGAGGGCUCAAAGGGCGAAGGAGGGGAGGCGGAGAGGGUCGAGGAGGGAGAGGACAGGGAGGAGGCGAGGGAGGAGGAGGGGGAGGAAGACGCGGGGGAGGGAGGAACUGGGGAGGGUGGAAUGGGUGAGAAGGAGAGCCUGCGAGGGGGCUGCGGCGGCUUCUGGAAGAAGCCAGCAGGGAAGAUCAAUGUUGAUUGUAGCAACGAGAGCGGUACUAACCACGAUAACGAGGGCCAUGCUGCUAGUAACAACGAGAGCAAGCUCACCUACCCGCCGUAUCCCCUUGCCACCACACUUGCGCUGCCACUGGCGCGCUCCCCGAUCCGGGCCCUUCUGUCUUCCCCUCCUGCCCCUUGCUCCCGCGCCGAGCGGGAAAAGGGGAAGCCGUUUACCCUUGCGAGUAUGACUGCGCCUAUCCGCGCCCCUAUCUUCCCCGCGAGCGCCGCCUCUCCUGCCCCCGGAGUGGCGGCGCCGAGCGGAAAUCCGAACGCCCGCGCGCGUGCGCGUGCGGGUGCGGGUGCGGGUGGCUUGGCGGGAGGCACGCGGGAGAAUGGUGGGGCGCCUGAGCAGUCGGCGCGCAGCAGCAGUGGUGCUGCUGCUGCCAGUGCUCGCAACUGUUGCGAGGGCAGAAGCAGUGAGCACGAGAGUCAUGUGCGUGGUGGUGAUUCCGAUGACACAGGUAAUAACGUUGACGGUGGUGAUGGUGGUGGUCCGGGUGGUGGUGGUGGUGGGGGUGAGAGGUGCAGGGAAGAGAGUGUGAAGAGAGUAGACGGGGGAGGAGGAUCGGCUCUGUGGCAUGUGAUGAGGAGGUGUGGGAUCGGCGGUUCCAGGGGAACGGAUAGCACAAGCAAGAAAGCCAGCAGCAGCAGUAGCGGCGGGGGCAGCAGCAGCAGUGGCAGGCGAUGGGGUGGUAGGACUGCCAUGAGGAGUGCCAAGGUGGCCCCUUGGAACAACGGCAGCAGCGGCAGCGUCAGCAGCAGCGCCGCGAGCAGCGUGGGGAGCGGUGAUGGUGACAGCACGGCAGCAAGGAGCAGUAGUGUGGGUGACAGCAGUGAGAUGAGGGCAGGCGCUGGGGCGGCAGGUGCUGCUGCUGCUGCUGCUGCUGCUGGUACUGCUGCUCUGUGGCGCGUGAAGGGAGGAGGAGGAGGAGGAGGGACGGGGUUGUCAGAGGUGAGUGGGUUGUGGUUGCUGGAUAAACACUUGGCUGCUGCAGCAGAGGACAGCGCUUCUGGUCGAGCUGCUGCUGGUGAUGAUGACGACGAUGAUUCGGAUGCGGACAGUGAUGCGAGGGAGAUGGCGUUUCUACACAAGCAGCUGCAGAUGUACCGUCUCUCCUGCCCCAUCGCCCCUUCCCUGCCGCGCAGCAGCAGACGGCGCCGCUCCUGUGGGGGCAGCAUGGGCAUCACAUGGCGGCCGAAACUGCCAGGAAUAGCUGAGGCCGCGGGGGAGGGUGGGGAGGGCAGUGACCACACUGGAGAAGGCGAGGCGAGGACUGCUUGA